GCCAUCACCACCUCCACCUCGACGACCAACCACAGUUACCCCCGACUGACCACAUCCACAACACCGUCACGAUGGCCUCCUUCAUUGCCCGCCGCGCCUUCACCUCCUCCGCCCGCCGCUUCGCCUCCGGCCCCGAUGCGGGCCUCAAGGCUGAGACCAAGCGCAACCCUGAGCUCGCCAUCCUCGGCGGCGUGAUGGUCCUCGCUCUCGGCGGUGCCGGUCUCUACUUCGGCUCCUCCCCUACAAAGUCCACCUCCGAGGCCAGCGUCGGCAUCGCCAAGGAGGGCAUGCCCUGGGAGACUGGCGCGACCGAGGGCAAGUACCGCUACCACCCCGGCGGCGACGCGAACCAGGACCCCCGCGACGCCCCCAGCGCUGUCAACGUCGUCGUCAUUCCCGACGUCAACCUCCCCAAGCACCUGCACGACAAGUACAACAAGUGGGGCAAGGACGGCUACUAGACACCAUCCGCCGUCUCUUUGUUUCCACAAUGUCCCAGAAAGUGUUGGUAUGGCGGGGUGGACGUUGCUCAGAUGACAGAGGGCUAGAGUGCGCUGCUCUGGAAGGACGAUUGGAGGUAUAUACGAGGGACAAGGCUGCCUCCUCGAGGAUGGAAAUUCCGAGGAUCCGAGUCACCUGUCCACAAUCAGAAUCAAGCAUAUUCCCUCUGUUAGCCCGUCUCGCUCGUUGUUGUGGCCUCCUCGAAAGUUCUGGACAAUAUCGGACCACCAAACCUGUUCGCCCGGAUCCUGUCCGUCUGGCUUGUUAUGCAACGUGGUCAUACAAACGCAGCUGCUUCUAGAAGGCUGUCCUAAUCAUGCCCUCAUGACGGACCAUCUCAAUGCCGCCUGCUCGGCAUUUGCCGAGAGACAAGCAUGGACAAAUCCCAUUCUCAGGUUCAAAGUACGCGCG